CUGUUCUGUCUUUCAACUCUCUCUCUCUCUCUCUCUCUCUCUCCCUCCCUCUCUCUCUCUAAAGUUUCUAGCUUUUCUCUUCAUGUGGCCCUAGCCUCUACUAGUGUUCACUGAAGCUUCCUUGUUGCUUCCUCUCUCUCUCUCUGUUUCUCUCUCUCUCUCUCUCUUUCUCUGUGUUUCUCUCAUUCUGCAGUCGCUACUCUAAGGAUGAUCUGUUUCAGUUUCUUCUUCAUGUGAAAAAAUGCGGGCGUAAUUGUUUGUCUCGUUCCGAGUGUUAACGGGGUUUUCGUGGGAAUUUUAAUGGGUUGAUGUUUGAAGAUGAAAAGUCUGAUGUUUUUGUGCGUAAGGAAGUAGAGUUUCUGGGGUCUCUGUGGAUAAUCAAUUUAGGGUUAGGUUGGUGUCGUUUUAGUUCUUUUUUGACUUUUAGUAUAUGUUCAUACGAAUUAUUCUCCAUCAAAAAAGUUUGUUCCUACGUGUUUUUCGCUCGAUGCUUUUGGUUGAUUGCAAUUAUUGGUGUGUGACUGCUGAGGAAAAUAAGUUACAAUGAACAUGGAAGUUAGGAGGAAUUUAACAGCAGGUGCCUUUUGGUACAUGAUUUUUACAGAUGAACAGAAUGGUAGAUGACUCAGAAUUUCAGUUGAGUUUUUUUUCUUAAAAAAAAAAAUCCGGUUUACUUCAGUGGAGGCUUUACUUUUUUUUUUUUUCAUUGGAAACAGGGUUUUAGUGAUCUAUCUCUUGUUGACUGAUGUUUGAAUUGUUUGAUCUCAGUUUUAUCAGAUCAGGGGAACAUUAUUUCCUUGUUUUAUUGAUUUUUCCUUUGCGUUUUUUAGUUGUUGUUAAAUAGAUUUUUGGGGAUAAAAAAUGGUUGCCGAUUCGUGGUUCCGUAGUUUGUGGAAAUUUCCAAGGAAGCGCGAGGCAGGUUCUGAGAAGGCAGUUAUUGGAGUAUUAGCCUUUGAAGUUGCAAGCUUGAUGUCAAAGCUGGUUCAUCUAUGGCAGUCUCUAAGCGAUAAACAGGUUAUUAGGCUGCGAGAAGAGAUCACAAAUUCUGUAGGUAUCAAAAAGCUUGUCUCUGAAGAUGAGGAUUUUAUUGUCUGUUUGAUCUGUUCUGAAAUGACGGAGAAUAUGGAGCAUGUUGCGAAAUCAGUGGCUAGGCUUGCAAAGAAAUGCAGUGAUCCAGCUUUGAAGAGCUUUGAGAAUGCUUUUGACGAAUUGAUGAAGACUUGUGCUGAUCCAUGUGGAUGGCAGUUUACAUGGAAGAAGAUGGAAAGGAAAGUUAAAAAAAUGGAGCGCUUCAUUUCAGCUAAUGCAACGUUGUAUCAGGAGAUGGAAAUACUUGCUGAUCUUGAACAGAGUUUUAGGAGACUGAAGGCUGGUGGAGAUGCAGAGCCAGAGAAUUUGCUUGAGUUUCAGAAGAAGGUUGGAUGGAAGAAACAUGAAGUAAAGAAUCUGCAGGAGAUCUCUCUAUGGAAUCGGACUUAUGAUUAUACCAUCCAUCUUUUGGCAAGAUCUCUGUUCACGAUAUUUUAUAGGAUUAAGCAUGUGUUUGGAAUUAGUCAGGUAUCUGAUGCCGAUGAUUCCAAAGGAAUGAAUUCUGACUUUAUUCAUCGCAGCCACUCAGUUUCUGGGUUAAUGCAUUCUUCAGUUCAUCCAUCCGAGACGAGUCUUCCUAGGUUCUCUUCAGGGCCCCUUGGGAGGUUUAUUACUAAAUCAGGUCCUGUUCCAAAAGCAACCAACUUGAGUAAUUUCUAUUCAGGCCCUCUUGUCGGCUCAACCCCUAAAUUGGGCCUUAUUUCAAGACAGAAGAAAAAAUUCAACUUCUAUUCAGGUCCUCUGGGGAAGUCAACAACAAAGUCAGGCCCUAUUUUUGGAACAGAUAAAACUAGCAAGAUGUGGCAGACUCGAGAGAGCUCAAACAUUGUUAGUGGGAAGAAAUCCCUUGUAAAGCUGAACCGGUUGACUCAAGUAGGUCCUUUCAAAGGAGGCUCAAAUGCUUCAAACGGGCGUGCUGUCACCAACAACUACUCAGGUUUCAGUGGCAUUCGUUCAGAAAUUUUUAAUGGUGCCAGAUAUAGUAAUGUGGAGCAAAUUCCCUCUGGCAAUGGUAGGUGUAAGUUGUUAGAUGCUCCCGCAGACACCCUUGGUGCUGCUGCUUUAGCACUGCACUAUGCAAAUGUUAUUAUUGUAAUUGAGAAGCUAGCGGCAUCUCCUCACUUGAUUGGUCAUGAUGCAAGAGAUGACCUAUACAAUAUGCUACCUGCAAGCGUGAGGGCUGGUCUGAGGGAAAGACUAAAGCCGUAUACCAAGGAAUUGGCUUCUUCUGUUUAUGACACAGAACUUGCAGGAGAGUGGACUGAGGCAAUGACAGCAAUUCUUGAAUGGUUGGCGCCACUAGCUCAUAACAUGAUAAGAUGGCAGUCAGAGCGGAGUUAUGAGCAGCAGAGCUUUGUUUCAAGGACAAAUGUGCUCCUGGUACAGACUCUCUAUUUUGCAAAUCAAGAGAAGACAGAAGCAACAAUAACUGAGCUUCUUGUUGGUCUUAAUUACAUCUGGAGAUUCGGUAGGGAACUAAAUGCAAAAGCUUUGCAUGAGUGUGCCAGCAGCAGAAUUUUUGACGAAUGUUUGGAGCUGGAAAAGUAAUCUUAUCUUCAUCUUAUGGCUAGUGCCAUCAGAGAGCCUCACUUAUCUCACACUGAGUGGGUUCAGGUUGGCUGUGGCAAGAUUUCAUCACCUGGCUAGUUUAUGAUUGCCCUCUGGAUCCUAUUUGGUGAUAUUGAUUGAUUGCGAAUAUUGAACAGAGGACAACCCUUAUACACGGCUGCAGAAUGAGAUUCUUAAUCAAACAAGCUAUAGUUUGAGCUCCCAAACACACCAUUUUUUUGUUCAGUGCUAAUGAUCUUUUCCUUGGUGCUGCAAAUGGGUUUUGGUAUAUUCCCUUCAUUAUAAUGCCUUCUUACAGUUUGUAACUAAGCUACCAAUUCCAUUAAAUGUUUAUACUGGAUUAGUAAUACCCCUGCCUAAUUUAUGUAUAUUUGCAUACCUGGCUUUUACUUAAAUAUAGAGCUGUCUGGGCCUUGGGCUGCCUUUAUUAAUGCAUCGAUCUUGAGUUUCUCGGUACGUGAGAACGAUGUAAGUCAGCGGAAAAGAAAGGAUUCAACUAAAUUUAUACCUAGUGGCUGUUUAUUUUGAA